AGUCGUUUAAUACAUUUUUGAUUUCUAUCAGAAGAGAAAGCUUUUCAAGUUGGCAUGUGCGAUUGCAAUUUCGUGGAAUUUGCUUCAUUCCUAUGAGUUUCUUUCUAAAAUAUCCUAGUCCAGACUGGGCUCAACUCGGAUGGCUUCUUUUGUUUGGAACUGCAUGUUUGUUGUUCUUCUGCUGUGUGCCCUUGUUUGUGAGGUUUCUGGACCUGUUUCCGACUGUGGGACGUAAAAUGAAUAACGUACUAAGUCAGUAUUCGCAGCUUGACGUAGAUUACCAGGUUUCUAGAAACUUGGACGGAGAUACGGAAAGUCAGAGUAAUCAGUUGGAGCGCAAUUGGGAGGCUCUUAGAGCAAAAUUUACCACAAAGUUUUAUGCUAGACUUGGAAUUAUCCCUGAGUUGCUUCGUUUUGCGCUGAAUUUCAUAGCAGUUGGAGUUUAUGUUUCUUCCAGCUACACUAGCGGGUUUCAGAAAGGUUUAGGAGCGCUUGAGGUAGCUUUUGGUAUUAUAUUUGGAUUGGACUAUCUUCUACGAUUCUAUUUGAUUUCUCUUGAUUCCACUUUACUUGGCUUUGUAUUUCGUAUCGACUCGUUGGCUGACCUCUAUAGUAUACCUAGUCUUAUAGCGUCUGGAAUUGCUUUUGUCUCGUAUAUCAAUUUCAAUUAUUUGCGAGCCUUUAAUCUUUAUUAUGCCUUUGUAAAGAUUUACUAUCCUGGUGGUCACGAUCCAGAAACACAAAAGCCAAAGCAAGUUUCUGCCUUAAGACCUUUUGUAUUUUGUUGGAUUUUAUACUUGUUUGUGAUUAUAUUUGUUUCGGCUUGUACCGUCUAUUCACUCGAAAUGAUGGGUGAAAUUGAUGGCUGGCAAAUUGUGAAUAGUGCAGGCGAACCUUUAUGGAAUGUCUUCAAUUCAGUUUAUUUUGUAGUAGUUACGAUAAGCACUGUUGGAUAUGGCGAUAUUACUCCUACCACUUAUCCUGCAAGAGUGGCUACAAUUUUGCUCAUCUUCUUUGUGGCUGUUUACUUUGCUUCCAAAUUGUCAACUCUGAUGGAAGUGAUGCAAGAACAAAAGUUAGGUUCUGGAGAAUAUAUUAAACGAAGAGGAACUCGACAUGUUAUUGUUGUAGGACGUCAUAAAUUUGGUGAUUUCGAACAUUUUUCUGCUGCUUUUUAUUCUUCUCCUCUUAACGCUACAACUCAUAUUGUGAUAUUGGCAAGAUAUCUACCUUGGUCAGAGGAAGAUUUUGCAAUUUUGCAAAUGUCAAAGAUUAGAGAUUACGUCCAUUUUUUAAGAGGAAGUGCCGCUGAAGUUCGUGAUCUUCACCGGGCAAAGUUAGAGGAUGCAAGUGCAGUGUUUGCUUUCUUGGCAGGUGGUUCUAGUGAUAGAUUUGCUGAGGAUUCGGUGCAAGUAAUCCGUAUUCAUGCAGUUCGAGCCGUAAAUCCAACGGUUCCUAUUUUUGCAGUUCUCUUGGAUAGAGGCCUUCAUAUACACAUAAAGAGUUGUUUGACAGCAUCUGGAGAUUCACCAUCUGGAAUCAUGUCAGGUGAUCCUCAUUCCUCACAGAAAGGAAACCAGACAGACAAUGAACGUAGUAUUAGUGCAGACAUGGCAGCCAGUGGUUCUAUUCCAUAUCAGUUUAGUUCUUCUGGCACAGAAAUGUUAGGAUGUAGUAUCUGUACUCGUGAAUUUUUGUGCAGUCUCAUGUCCUUGAAUGUGGUUUGUGAUGGUGCAUCUACUCUUGUAGCCAAUCUUUUGUUUUUUAUGAAGUCAAACAAUGUAUCUCAAGACUUUCCAUGGAUUUGGGAGUAUAAACGAGGAGUAAGAAAUGAAAUUUUGAUGUCCGAAACUCCAACUUUUUUUAUUGGCGAGAAAUUUGGUAUUUGUUUGAAGGCUAUUUACGAGUUAUCUGGAAUGAUUUUGAUUGGAGUUUCGACAGAUAAUACUGCUGCAGAGAUUGGAUAUUGGGAGAAAGUCAUACCAGAGAGGAGCUACUUAUAUGUCAUUGGAACAAGAACUCAGUUUCAUUUAUUUAAGAGAAUGGAAGCUGAAACGAUUUCUUUGAUUGAGGAGAAAUUGAAGAUGUUGAAAAGUGCCAAACCUCUUUCUUACACUACGGUAACAUCACUUAGUGCAUAUGACGUGGUGGAAAAGGUUGAAGACAUUCCUGAAGAUAAAGUGGAUAUCAAAGAGUUCCGUGAUCAUAUUGUCAUUUGUGGCUUUGAUGAAGCCGCUGUGUCAGAUGUUGUUUUUCUUUUAGAGAGAAUUUACCUGUUUUCGUACGGUGAUCCUUUAUUUGGAUUUCCCGUGAACAAACCGCCAUUUACUGUCGUCAUUCAUCCAAGUAUUAGUGAGGAUAAGAUAAGCUCGUUGCACAAAAGAUUUCCUAGGACAUACUUUUUGUCAGAGUCACCAGAACAUCUCAAAAGUUUGGAGAAUGUUGCUAUUUUUAGGGCUAGAAACGUUCUUGUAUUGAGUGACUCAUCUUUUUCCUUUGGAGACUCAACGAAUGAUGAUUCCCUGUUUUCUGGCAUUAAUACAGAGAACUUGGAUCGAAAAGUUGUUAUGACUUUGUUGAACUUGGAGCUUCUUUUGGGUUCCUAUGAUCAGACUCACAUCUGUAUUGAAAUCAAAAUUUCACAUUCCAUUGCAUUCCUUGGUCUUCCUCGUCCUCGUCGAAGAUAUUCUUAUUUUGGGUUACCAAAUGAGAGUCAUUUUGUAAAAAUGCAUUCAAAAGAUUCUCAAAAGCUGAAAGAGCAGUCAUCCACAGUGACAGAAGAAGGCGUCAAUUCGGAUGAAAUACAAAGACAUCGUAGACAUCAAUUUGCUUCGACUAUUGUGAAUCUGGGACCUCGUUAUCUAAAAACUUUAUUAGCCAAGCAGGAUGAGAAUGAUUACAUAGAACUCGGCAUUUCUUCUGCAGCGACUUGGUAUAGGGAAAGAUACGCAUCGGGUGAAGUCAUUUUAGAUUCGCUUCCUGAUGUUUUGUUGUGUCGUGAAUACGAGCAUUGUGGAGUCGUUUCACUACUGUGUGAGAUGGUAGGCUUAAGGAAUGGAGGAAGUCUUACAACACCUUUGUUGAGGAUGAUUGGCAUUCCUUCCAAGUGGGUUGGAUGGAGAUAUGACAAGGUAUUCUCUGAAAUCGUUUCUUUUGGAAUGAUUCCUAUUGCGUUGUAUCGUUCUGGCGAGGCUCCCAUUUCUGCAAGUCUUUUCGAGUCAACACAAAAGAAUUUUAUACAAGAACUCUCUUCGGACAUUUCUAAGUUUCAGAGACAAUUUCAUCUUGGUAGUUCAGCUUCUAUGGAUGCUUUCGAGGCGAAAUUCUAUCCUGCACAAAAUAUACUUCCUUGGGUUUAUACCAACCCUACCCCAGAUACAAUAGUUGGAUAUCGAGAUGGAAUAUAUGUUCUGGUGAAACCUGCAUUGUCAAGCAGUGCCUUUCGACCUAUUUAUCAAUCAUGAGACAUUUUCAUUUGUAAUAAAU